AAUCAGACCAGGGUAUCAUUGGUCAGUCAUAACAAACCCAAAUGACCAGCACUGACCAAGAUAUAAAGCAGACCAUAUACCGCGCAUGCUGUGAUCCUAAUUGCUUCGAGAACGAUCCAAAAAAAAUAAUCGGUCUGGCCUCUCAGGUGUGAGUUAAAUGAACGCCUAUACUAACCCAGGAAGGAAUUCCAAGAGGAUUGAUAUGCCGGCUGUCAGAGAUGAGUAAGAUAAUAACUAACCGCUUCCAUAAGUUAUAAUUCUUCUGCCACUCAGUCGCAGGAACAGCAUUCAUUUUUCUUCAAUUCUUGGUGGAACUUGGCAGAGCCCGUUGGUAAUUCAUAUUCAUUUCCAAGUGCAUGUUACAGGAUAUAGAACUAUUAGCUUACAAACUCUGACCUAAUUGCGGUGAACCAAGUCCCUCUCUGGCACGGUUUACUCCGCCCUGGAAGUUCCGACAAACUUUGUGUUUCGGAAAAAAGAAAGAUUAAUGCCACAUAUCCAACUCUGAUCAUCUGCAGGUCGACGACUUUGAAUUUACCUCAUUUGAAUAACCAUCUUGAACCAAAUUCAUUUUGGCUUCAUAUAACUUUGCUGGAUCUUUGGUCCGUACGAUCGCCGGGCAAUCGGAUAAACGAGAAGGGCAGACUAGAGCGAACAUCUGAUCUUUCCAAUCUGACUGCCCAACAACGCAGAAUUAUAUAAGGAUGACGCCCUCAUUGCUCACCGUGCUUGUGGUUCUUUCCUACGUCAUCGGCAAUACGAAAGCGUGCUCGAUCACAGCAGAUUGGGCGCCAUGGAAUAUCACGCAAAGAGCACAGCGAGCGGACAUCGUCGUCGUCGGAACGGUAGUCGGUUACUACCCAAUCUUCCAACACCACGCAUCUCCCUUGUUCUACACAGCCGAGGUCGACGUUUCGUGCGUUUUCGGCGUCCUGGCCGACGCAAGCGCCGUCGCAAGAAACAUCUUCGAUAACAGCGGCGUCGUGAACGUCGUCGGGUUCAACCCCGCCAUGGUACAGUGCCCGACCUCGCAGGUCGACAUCGCAGUCAACCAAGAAUACAUUUUCUGGGUGAUCGGAGAAUGGAGCGGCGGGAACAUGCGACCACAGGAGAUCAACUCCCAACCCGCCGCCGUCAUGGCCCAGACUUCCUUCCUUACCGAAUUCUCGGAUACCAUGAAGUCCGGCUCCCACAUGGGUUACAGGUUAAAAUCAAGGGGGUGCGACAUCGACAACGGUGUUGACGUCGUCGACAUGUUGUCGACAACCACGACGAAAGGUGGCUUAGGAGGCGGCACCAAGGGUACGUCAAAGAUUACUCCUAAACGGGUAGUGGGAAAAGGAAGUGGAUAUCGCCUGCAAGUUUGCUGGACAUCGCUUUUGUUUUCAAUAUUGCUAAUCGCCGUAUUCUCUUUCUAGAGAGUAAUUAUUUUUUUCAGUUUACUAUUUAGAUAUUUAUGUGAAUUUGUCGGAAGUUAUCUGGUUGCAGAACGGACUAGCUGACCUAAAAUAUUUAUCAUAUUAUCUCUGACCUAUAUGCUUGCAAAAUUGGUGAAGGCUUUCGUCUGUGUAUGUGUAUAGUGUUUUUUUGUGAGUAUGUAUUCAUUAUGCAUUGCUGGACUGCCUGGUACAUUAUCAGCUUGCGUUUAUACACAAUUAUACAAUGCGAUUAUGUUCAUUAACAAUUAAGUCUUCCAUUUAUGUAAUUACACCAACAUUAUGUAACUAAUUAAGAUGGUUUACGUGAAUUAUGACGAAAUCAUUGCAACACAUUCAUAUGUGGAAUCAAGGAUUGUAGCCCUUUUCGAACAAUGUGAACACUGUAUUGAAUCAUCUUCACACUGCUUAACCCUAAAAGAGCCGGGUUAUUUAGACCCAUCUCACAGCCGAGGGGGGGGGGGCGGAUUCCCCCACCCCCUGAGAUCUCAGCCGUCGAUCGCACGAGUGCCUCGAAAAUUUGCACGGUGGUAGUGUGCGAUAAAAUCUACAAGUCUGUAUGAUUAAUUUUUCUGAAAAAAGAAGAUUUAUUUAAAUUAACUAUGCUAAUUUAUGCAUGAAAUAAAAUAUUUGCUCUAAUUAACUUAUCAUGGCCCCCAAAUUGCUAUUUUUUUAUUCACAGACUUUUUGAAAUGUAUUUUAUUUAUUUUUUAAAAUUUCUUAUGUAUUUCUUUUUUUUUAUACUUUUUUUAAUGGAAAUUGUUGCAGACUUAAUUCUGAUCAUAAAAAAGACAAAAUUUAUUAAUUUUAAUCAGUAAAAGUAGAAAUAAUGAUACAUUUAUUAAUUUGGCUAAAUACACAAUUUGCAUUGGAUUUGUACAUGAAUUCACGUUUUUGAACAAUUUGGGGUCUGACAUGCACUAACAUAAUGUUGCGUUAUUUCGUAACCGCGUACCCGGGCAACGCAAAUUUGGUCUCAAAAGUUGCGCGAGACUUGAAAGUAAAAAGUCAGUGAGCGGCGGGGUCCAAAAGUUUCGCGCGGCGGAUUAAUUGCGAAAAAUGUCGAGGGGGGCGGAAUCAUUUUGCCAUACCCCGUUGUCAGAGCUUAUGAUGGUAUAUCAAUGAAUUUAUAACUUCAUUAUCACCUGACGGGAAAUUUGCCUUUCACUGGUGCAUUACAAGUACAAAAUAAUGCUUACAAGGAAAAGAAGUUUACAAAUGAGAUGACAAAUAUGAAUUAGGCAUAUACCUGAUUAUAACUAUCUAUUAACAUAUAAAUGUAUAUAUUGUUAGUUUGAUGUAGGAUAGAUGAAUAAAUUGAAAUUAUUCCGUGAGAGAAAUACCCUUUAAAAUGGAAAUAAAAUACCGUUGAUUACCUCUGUACGAACCUGUGUAAGUAAAAACAUGAAAAAUAUCUUAAGCGCUUUUGUAUAUUAGGAAGUUUUCGCAACCACGACGCAGAGGGCUUUCGAGAAAAAAGAAAAUAUAUUGUCAAGUGCCGUUCAUGACAAAGAGCAACCGAGAAGGCUUUGUCGAAAAUUGGUGAAUCAAAACAGCAGUUUCGGUCUGGACUUUGGACAAACGACAUAUUUGCAUUUUUUGUCAGCUCCAAAACCUAGGACGAAGCUAUUCUUCCGGUUCACCAAUUGCCAACAAAGAUCUCAUAGCUGUUCGUUGUCACAUGACGGGCAUUUUCAAUACAUUUACUGUGUUCUUGAAUUCGUCUUGCUUCGCGGUUGCAAAAACUACCUAUUGUGAUCGUAUUAUCUUUCCAUCUUUUCUAUCACAAGAAUUUACAAUAAAGAUUUACUUCCGAUCUAAUGGUAAGAUCCCCAUUCUUGCCAAUUAUUUAGUUACAAGGAAGAGGAUUCUAUGAAAAAAAUAAGUCUUUGUAAUAUCACAUAGUAAUGAUAAUAAUUAUGAUUAUAACGUCCCCACGUCUCUAUGCGCUUCCAAAGGAUUUGGGUAUAUUACUACCCCGGUUUUGGCUUGGCAGGCGUAAUUACUUACAGCGCACACGCAUUUCAAGGAAUUAAUUCCUACAGGCCAGGUACCCAUGUGACCUCACCUGGGUCGAGUGCAGCACAAUGAGGAUAAAUUUCUUGCUCAGUGAGGGAAACUACGAAAUGGUUGGGAUUAAAGGAAUUCCACACUUGGUCAUAAAAUGUUGCUUGAUGGGCGAAAUGUAAGUUAAGUAGAAUGGUGAAUAGCUUGAAAGAAAUAGGACAAAUAAUAAAAAAGUUAUGACUGUUUUAAAUUACCAGGAAUUUGUGGUUUUAUCCCAAGUACCUAUUCCCCUGGGGCAGAAAAUAUAACAAAUCAAUGUGACAUAUUGUUAUACGUCUUCAUGAAAAAAAAAUUGAUGUAAAAGUUUGUAAAAAUGACAUUUUAGCCAUUUUAUGUAUUGGAGUAAAUGGAAGAAUAGCCCUUGCCUUACAUCACUAUGACAUCACCAUAUGUGUCUCCAUAUGUAUAGUGAUUACCAAGUUUUACAAACUGUUUAAAAAUUACAACUUUCUUAUUGUUUGACCAAUAUUAUUAUUCAAGCUUUCAAUUUUCUACUCGUCUUUUUUGGGUCUAAAAACAACAUUUCAUUUGGGGUGGAUCUCCCUAUAAAUCUUUUAAAAAGGAAGAAAGUGUGAUUGUCUCAUUAUCCCCCACUCAUUGUAUAUUCAUGUCAGCACGCCGGAUAACCGUUACACAAACUUAAAGCAAAGAUUUAAUAUUUGAAAACCUAUAAUUUCUUACUUUACCCGAUUGUGAUUAAAAUGUCGUUUUUAUUCUAAA